GGGGGGAGGGGGGAGGAGGAGCAGCAGGACGAGCAGGAAGCAGAGCUGAAGGCAGCAGAGAGAACGGAGCUGCGAGUCCGGACAGCAGCGCGUGUUCCGAGCUCUCCGCCACCCCCUGCCCGCAGUAGCAGCAGAGCCAGACCGCCAGCGCUAUGGCCGGUUGGAACGCCUACAUCGACAACCUCAUGGCGGACGGGACCUGUCAGGACGCGGCCAUAGUCGGCUAUAAGGACUCGCCCUCGGUCUGGGCCGCCGUACCCGGGAAAACCUUCGCCAAUAUCACGCCAGCUGAAGUCGCCGUAUUGGUUGGCAAAGAUCGUUCGACUUUCUUCGUAAAUGGGCUGACACUUGGGGGCCAGAAAUGUUCAGUGAUCAGGGAUUCGCUGCUGCUAGAUGGAGAGUACACCAUGGACCUUCGUACCAAGAGCACUGGGGGUGCUCCCACCUUCAACCUCACUGUUACCAUGACUGCCAAGACGCUAGUCCUGCUGAUGGGGAAGGAAGGUAUCCACGGGGGAAUGAUCAACAAGAAGUGUUAUGAAAUGGCUUCCCACCUUCGACGCUCUCAAUACUGACCCUCUCUGCCCCCUCUUCUUCCCCAAGGCUUCUGCACCAUUUCCCUCACCAUUGUUUUUUUGGGCCAUUCCCCCACCCACUUGUUGCUGCCAAAACUACACCUGGUGGGGGGGGGGCCAGGUUGGAUGGACAGGCACCCCCCCCUUUCCUUUUGAACCUCCUUCCUGUGUGUAGUUGGGAAGAUUUUUUUUUUUU